CAUUGUGAACGCGCGAUUUUCAAUGAAAGAAAUGUUCGUCUGCUCGGAAUCUGGCAAGUUUUCAUACAAAUAUUCACAUUGUGUGUACAAAUUACUAAAUAGUGGUUUCUUGGCAUUUCAGUCUAAUAAGUACCAGUUCAAAUACUGAUUAAUGAUUGCUUCAUUUGUUGAAUCAUUUUCUUGGACUUUACACAAACAUGAAUUCAGCAUCUGCAGUCACCAGUGUAAUAAUCUUCUCCAAUGAUGCAACAGAGUUGUCAUUCUCAGAUGGCUCAAAGUUACAACUCUCUCCGUGUGGUGCGAGUUUUGUUUGUGAGAGGGCUCCCUCUAGAGGUCAUCAUCCUCUCAUUGAGGGUACGCGAAUACAACAGAGAACCAAUUUUUGUACCAGUGAGUUCAAGGACAGAGUCCACCAGGCAUUAGAAUGCAGGAAUCGCUUUGCAGAACAACCUUUUCUAUGUCAGCAGUUUUUACAAGCCGACUCUUUAUUGCAUCUUUGUGCAGAUAUAAAAGAAGUCGAGUGGCCAGUGUCUCCAAGGAAUGUUUGCAAGACUUCAGCAAACGGAGUUCAAGUGAGGUCUAUCGAUGAGUGUGCAUCCCUAACGCUAUCGUCAAAUAAACAGGAGUUCACUGUGGAAUUCCUGUGUAGGUUAAGUCAGAAAGGGUAUUCCCAAAGGCACUUAGAAAAGCAUCAGACAGUUUCUAAGAAUCAUGCUGAAGACAAUUCAGAUGCUGUUGGAAGGCAAUCAACUGGCUUUCGAAGUAACCAAGAUACAAGACACAAUAAUAACAAGUUCAAUUUACCCGUUCAAUUUGACAUGAUGCAAGACAGUCCAUACUUGCAGACACUAAAUACAGGUAAAGCAUGUAGGAGAAGUUCUCCAGAGGACAUUUUGUGCAGUCAAGGCUCGGUGAAUGAACGCCAACAUUUUGCUGAAAACUGUUCAGGAAAAAGCGACGACACACACCCUCUACAAGAUCCAUUGAAAGACGAGGUCAUCAAGAACGUGUACACUUGGGUUUUGCAGCACCACUCACUCGAUCAAUUCCCUGAAUGUUGGAAACAUCCCUUGUAUCUUGCUUGGAGUUUCAAUCUGGAAGAUGAUUUGAAAACCCCCAAACCAGAUAAGAAAUUUGAGAACCCAAGCAAGUAUAAAAGUUUUAAAGAAAGGGAGCCUUCAGAUAAAGAAAGGAAAAGUUUGAAAAACAACAGUUGCCAGAAGUCUCAAUUCGAUAUGUCAGAUAAAAACUUACAAGGUCCUGAAGAGAAACACAGUUGCCCCUUGCCUCGGGCAUUGCCACUGGCAUGCCCAGCUAGCCAUCUUCAUAACUGGAGGAAAGAUCCAGGAAGUCGAGUGGACAUUGUUGAAGAUGACAUCCCAGUAGGAGAAAGAAUCAAAGUCUGGUUUUCAAAUGGUAUUGUAUACAGAUUGUCAAGCACUCCACAAGCUGGUGUUCACAUCUACCCUGGGGACGGCACCCUCAUCAAAUCAACAGGAACACCAGACUAUUUCACUCAUAUAAUUCCACAUGGUAGUGAUGGUCUGGAUGAAAGAAUGUUAAGUUUGAGGAGUCCACCCCCUGAUCACCCUGGAGCUGCAUACUCUAUUGCUGGAGUUAUGAGAAAGGCUUCCAGGCUUUUGCAGAACGUUAUGCAGGCAGAUUUUGGUUUAAUUCCUUUCAAAACAAAGUGCUGUUGGAAGAACAAGGAACAAAUGCCAUUUGGUUCUGUGAUACACCCCAGUCCAGCAACUAUUCUAGAAGAGAGUACAAUAAAAGAACUUGGUAGUUUUGUUGCUUACUCAAAUGGCAGAGUUAGAGUAGUGUUCAGUGACAGGACUAUUCUGGAUAUGAUACAUGACUUCAGUCUUCGGAUCUCGGGGAAUGUUAGUGACGUUGAGGAUAAUUCGGAUCUACCUGACACCUCAAAUAAGAUCGCAAGAAUCAGGAAGUCUAUUUUCUCUUCGGAUCUUCAAAGAGGUGUAUGUCAACUCCUCCUGCCAAAUGGAGAGAUGAAGCAGGUUCAUCUCGCUGACCCCCAAAAAUAUAUCAGGUACGUUGAGGUAGCAAUGGAGUGGGCUGCUUGGGUCGCUAGCUCCCCCGAGCAAAGACUCAAUUUCUACGGCAGGCAACAUUCCCAGAUGACGUUACAAGACGAUUGUGACGUCAUCAAAGAGCUUCAGAAAAUCAAAUGCUUCCAAUAUAUCCUUGAGACAACACUCCCACUCCAAGCUAAAGAUUCUAACACCAAGGAUACCACGAGGGCUAAUCUUGAAGAUGUAUCAAGCGCCAAGACAGUAUCAGAGCGUGGAGGCGAGCUGUCAAAGGAAGCUAUUGGUCAAGGAGACAGCGAGGGUGGAAUUCUUGCCUCGUCAAAGCCGGACGUGAUGAUGCCUGACUAUAUUAGAGAGGCGUUGCGAAAGACUAGCUGUGCCAUUCGGAACAUUGACUCGGAAUUAGCAAGUUCAUGAGGGAUUGGGUUUCUCUUUCAAGGUUGAAUACACAAAUAACGAAACAAGUGGAAAUAAGGCUUGAAUCAAAGACUAGUUUGUACCAUUCGAAACAUCGACUCUGAAUGGGCGAAGUGAUCAGUUGUUUCUCCUUUCAGAUUGAAUACACAUAAAACGAAACAAGUGUAAAUAAGGCUUGAAUCAAAGACUAGUUUGCACCAUUCGAAACAUCGACUCUGAAUUGGCGAAGUGUUCAGUUGUUUCUCCUUUCAGAUUGAAUACACAGCUAGAUAACGAAACAAUUAAAAAGAAGGCUUGAAACAAAGACAAGUUUAACCCAUCUAUAAUGACUUGAAGCUUACAACAAUAACCCUUAAAUGCUUUGUUUUGGCUGUUUAGAUUCUUUGUUUUCUUUAUGCUUGACUUCUAUAUUAGUUUCCGUGUUGAUUGACUUGGCUGAGAAUUUCUUCGCUUUGAGGAAUUAUAAAUUAUAUUUGAAGUGAUUGUAUUUAAUGCAUAGGAUAGUUGUCGUAUUAUGAGGAGCUUUUGGGGGUGUUUUACACAUGGUGCACUACGAAUGCCUCGUUAUCUAUAGCGUUUAUUAUUAUCACCACAAGGUUUUUACUCGUUAGUAAUUCAGUUUUCCAGUCGUUCAAGGGAAGUGGACGUUUUGUCAUAAACAAUAAAAACUAACUUGGUUUUUGCCAACUAAGCUUGGAAAAAUAUAGGAGGUUAGCAAAGCAAAACAAAACACAGAUAGCCACAGUUUGUAACAAUACACAUAUUCAACAAAUAGUGUUAAAUUUGUUGGAAACAAAGCAACAAAUAUUAUAGCCACAGUUGUUUGGGUUUUUUUCAAGUUAGCAAACAUUUUGAAUUUGGUCAGAAUAUCUAUAAACACAAGUGAAUGUUUUGCUUUUGGCCGUUCAUGCCAACCAGCGCCGUUUGUUUACUAACAAAAAAGGUCUAUAUGUGCAAGCCUUAUGCAUUUCCGAACAGCGUUUUCGAACAUUGGGACCCGUUAAAGUGUGUGAGUUUGUUGCCUUCACGUGUUUACAGCAAUGAACGUGGUACGAAAGCAGAGGCUUGUGUUGAAAGAGUUGCUAUAACUUGGAUUAGAAGCAACGUCUCCGAAACACCCACAGUGAGUGCCGCCAGACUAGACUACGCAUUGGGUUGGGCUACAUUUGGACCCAAAAAGGUCUCAACCACCUACGUGACAGAGGACAACUGGUCCCUCGAUGUCGCAACUGUCUCAAUACACUGCAGCUCUGGACCAAAGUGGUCCCCACCAAAUGUUUGAAUAAGUUAUACUUGCGGUCUUUACACUUUGUCUUAUGACAGUUUGAGUGAACUGGUAAUGCAAGAGUUAUAAAGAGUUCUGUGUGUAAUUAAUGUGUUUUCUCAAGCGAUAAACAAGCGGGUUGGGUUAAAGACGUUAAGUGGCGUAAAAUGAUAAAUUAUUUAUAAUAAUGUAUUAAUAACGCCUUUCUGUUGUACCUCUGCCAUGCGGUCAAUAAAACUUGCUCAGGCUUAGGCAAGUCUUGGACCAAUUUGCACUUACUAUAAUUGAUCUAUAGGAAGAACAAGUGUAUGAGUUUGCUUGUAUGUAAAGUUUAGAUUCGGUGUCAAAGUGACGGAGUUACUAAUUGACUAAUUGAACCUUAAUGUACUAUAUAAGGUUUUUUUUAAUGAACAGUAAUAUUGUUGUCAAGACAAACAAUUUACACAACCGUCGGUUUUUUGUUUUACAAAGUAAGCAUUUUCGUUUGCUAAAACAUGUUAACGAGAACGUACUAUGUAUUAAUAAAAAACCGUUGAUUAUUUUGACAUUAGGUGGUUACAUGUUUGUUUCUUUUAUUUGAUCAUUUAUUACAACAAUAACUUUCACCGGUAAAUAGCUGUAAGAGGGACGCUAUGGUCGAAUUCAGUUUGGGGAUGCACUUGAUUUCAAAUUAAAAUGGCGGGAUGGAUACAAGUCUCUAACCUCACAUUAAAAUUGUAUAAAAUGCCAUAACAGUUUAGUUUUAAAUAUCAAAUAAACCACCGAAAAUUAUAUUGACAUUAAUAAUAUCGAAGUCUUAAAAAUCGCACGUAUAUCUACCAAACAAGGUACUCAAGGCGCUGAGUAUAUACA